AUGGCCCCCGAUGCGCAUGAAACCAGCACCGCUGACCUGCCCCCAUCAGGCCCAGUCUAUAAGGUCUACAGGCGGCGGUUCUGGGGAUUGGCGCAGCUGGUCUUGCUGAACAUUAUAGUCAGCUGGGAUUGGUUGACGUUUUCCGCCAUUUCAACGACCGCUGCGGAAUAUUACGACGUCUCCGAGAGCGCCAUUAAUUGGAUGAGUACUGGAUAUCUAUUUGCCUUCUGUGUUUCCAGUCCCGUUGUUAUAUACACUCUCAACAAAGGCGGCCCCAGGCCAGCCAUUAUUGUGACUUCUUCUCUUCUCCUUGUUGGAAACUGGAUCCGCUAUGCAGGAGCCAAGGCAAAGGGGGGCAUUUUUGGCGUUUCCAUGUUCGGCCAGAUCUUGAUCGGCCUGGCACAGCCGUUCUGUCUCAGCGCGCCAACUAGAUAUAGCGAUCUCUGGUUCUCAGAUCGAGGGAGGACCAGUGCAACCGCCGUGGCGACUUUAGCAAACCCGCUGGGCGCUGCUCUCGGGCAAUUGAUCAACUCGGUUUGGGCGACUAAACCCAGUGAGGUUCCAGACAUGGUUCUAUGGAUCUCGAUCAUGGCAACGGUUGCAUCGCUUCCAUCAUUUUUCAUCCCAGCGCAACCACCAACACCACCCAGCGCAUCAUCUGCCGCGGAUAGAACACCUCUUCUCCCGGCCAUCUCGCAAAUGCUCCGGACGCUCGAAUUUUGGCUUGUUCUAAUCCCCUUCAGUGUCUAUGUCGGCUUCUUCAACAGCGUAUCCUCGCUCCUAAACCAAAUCCUUUCCCCCUAUGACUUCACCGAAACCGACGCGGGCAUCGCAGGCGGGAUCCUUAUCGUCGUUGGGCUCAUCUCCUCGGCCAUCCUCUCCCCCAUUACAGAUCGCUACAAGCACUACCUCGGCCUGAUCCGCACCCUCGUCCCAAUCAUCGCAAUCUCCUACAUCGCACUCAUCUUCGCACCCCCAAGUCCCGCAGGCAUUGCCCCGUCCUACGUCAUAAUGGCCAUCCUAGGCGCGUCCUCCUUCGGCCUCCUCCCCGUCGCCCUGGAAUACCUCGUCGAAAUCACAUACCCUUUCUCGCCAGAGAUCGGGAGCACGAUAUGCUGGACUGCCGGCCAAUUACUCGGCGCGGUUUUCAUCCUCGCCCAGGAUGCGCUCAAGGCUGGGCCUAGCGGUGACCCGCCGCUGAAUAUGCGUAAUGCACUGAUAUUCUCUGCAGUGGUUGCUUCUGUGGCUGCGCCGUUCCCGAUAUGCAUCGGGCUGUUUGGACGCGAUGUUAGUAGACGGCGUUUGGAUUUCGAAAGGGGGGUGAAUUUGGAUCAUGCGCAGGCGCAGGCGGGACAUAUUGAAAGUGUUCGUAGCGGUGGUGGUGAUAACGGAGUCGCAGAUGCAGGCAUUGAAACCAGGAAGUCGAGAUUCGACCUCGGUGUGAAGCUUUCCUGGGGAAAGAACUGA